AUGUUAAUUUUUUGUUUUCUUCAAUAUAUUGAUCACACAAUCCUACAGGUAGAUGCAUCAAUGAAGUCUGUAUCAGAUGUACGGUUGAUCUCAGUGAGAUUAUUUUUACGCACCACUGAAGACUGGAAAUCGAUGAAAAGGGAACAUGACAUCAUACAAUUGCCCAACUUCAUAAAUCCACAUAAUUCGACUCUAAAGUUUAAGAAAGAAAAGCAUGUUACGUUUCGUAAGCCAUACUUGUUUACAAAGACGGCCAGCGUGGACUAUUGGGUAAAUUCAGUACUCGAAUUUGUACUUGAACAAAGCCGAAUCAAGAACUCAUUUGCUCACAUGAAGAAGUCAACCUGCUUAACCUUCAUGGUAUUUCUUGGAGCACGUGGGAAGGAAUACAUCGAAGAGAUAUACGCAAUGUUUCCCCAAAACUAUGACGGGCUAGUGUUUAUUUCUCUGAAUAUUGACGAAAAAUUCUUCAGCAAUCCGAAUUAUAAUUGUACUGAUUCCAAGCUAAGCAGGAGUUUAGCUGGAUACUUCAACAUAAUUGAUCCAUUAGGAGGUGGUAAUUACCCGCUAGAUUAUUUGAUUGUGAUUGACUCUAGUCCUUUUAUGCAUUGCAAGUUGCCCCUUCGAAUUGGUCUGUACAAUAUGGGGCAUCUGAAAUUUGGCAUCAACCUUACUCAAUUAGGGGGACUUUUUCAGGAGUAUUUAAUUUCAUUUCCUGAAGAGCUCCGAUGA